UCAUAGUCGCAAAAACAAUGAAAUUCAAUAAAAUUGCUGAAUAUGUUAAAUCAAUUUUAUAACUUGCAUAAGAAAUUAAUUAGCACAAUGAAGUCGUGGAAUUAAUAUCAAGCAGAAAUUAUAAAUUUGAAUCUACCUUUGUGAAAAAAUUGACGUCAUUUCAGACUGUAACUCAAGCGCUUUAUAGCUUCUCUAAAAAUGGAGUAAACAAAUAUUGAUAAAAAGAUAUCAAGGAAAAAAAGUGUGCAAAAUCGCUUAUUUGGCUAAAAAGUUUGUUGGGAUAAAAUUAACAGUUAAUGGUUUUAUAAGAGCUGAGAAGUAAUUUCAUGAAAUAAUGCGUUGGCUACGACGAUCAUCUGAGACACCUCAACUGUUGGGUCUCUCGCCUUUGAAAUCCGAAGAUUCUUUGUCAGUCAGCACCAUCAGCAUCAACUCCAUUGAUCAGCAUCAAACUCCACAGCGAAAUGAGACGCCGUCAGAUGAUUUCAGAAAUAUGACACUGUCAAGAAAGUCGAGAAUUGAUCAAUCGCAGCCUUUGAGUUGGUCGAAAAAGUUAACAAAAUCAACAGAGAAUUGUUAUAACAUUCAGGAAGGAAGAAUCGUUGAGCGAGGGUUGAAAGGUCGCUACAUUUCACCAAUUCGGAUUAAAAACAAACACAAUUCAUCGACCCGAUCAACGUCACCAGCUGGUCAGUCAAUAACCAGCAUUAAAACCAUUUCAACGAGUACACCCACACAUCAAUUGCCGCAUAGCGAAUACUUCAGUGCUUCACAAACACUAAAUUGGAGAAUUCUGCAACGUGACAAGCUCGCCACAUGUAAUUUUGACGGUGGAAGGAGAGAAGACGAUCAACAAUCAACCGAAAGAUUAUUCGAUGAAGAUCGUGGACGUCUGAGGAGUGUAAGAAGUGAAUUCAGCAGGAACGUCGGAGGUUACAGCGUGCCGUAUCGUGAGAAAAGAAAUCCUUUGAACAGCACUCGAUUAUCGUGCUACAAACCGCUGUCGCCUGAUAAGAAGUUCGACACAUUAAAGAAUUACAAAUCAGUCGACGAUUUCCUUUCAUUCUGUGAAACAAACUAUUCAGAAAUGAAUGACGCAAAUAUCUCAAUGCCGUUCAUUGAAACGUCAUCAAAAGAUCUCAAAAUUUCAAAAAAAAAAACGUUGAACGAACCAAAGACCGAAAAGGAGCCAAAUCAAAGUUUAUUUGGAACCCUACCGAGACUGAAGAAACAUGGAAUCACGAACAAGCUUCGAACAAUGUCAGGAAAGACGCAAAAGUUGUUUUCAAAGUUUUACUCAAACUCGAAUCUGAAGUCGAAUUCUUCAUCGUCAUCCGAUGUUUGUCAUGAUUUCAUCCUUCAACGACCUAACAAAGAACCAACAAAUGUGAUCAGCAGUCGAAGAAGCUUAAGCUAUGGAACUCUUCCAGGCAGCAACGAGUUCAGUGUGAAGAAGCUCGAGACUGAAGACGGCGAUUCAGGAAUUCUUGUGAAUGAAUCUGGAGCAUCGUCGAUGGUUGAAACAGAUUCGAGUGCUGAUGACAAAACAGAAAUUGAUAAUCUAAAAUCAUAUGAAAGAAAUGAAAUUUCAGGAAAGGAUCUGAACGAAGAAGCAGCAAAGGAAGAAUCAAACCUUACAACUUGUCGACUCUCAAGUAGUAAUGAUCAAAUCCUUUCAUUAUCGACUCGACCUGAUUUUGAAGUCAAACGAAGGUUAAAUCAAUCCAUGGAUGAGCUCAAUAAGAAUGAGGAAACACCAAAGCGCAAUUCUAUUGUCUCUGAGAUUGUCGCUAUGAUCGAAAAGAACGAAACUAAAUUCAACACGAUGAAGAAUCCUCGUCGAUUGAAGUCACCAACGACAACUUCGCCCGACACUUCUGCAACAAAGUUUUGUGCCAUCAACAGUUUGAAUCUUUGUGAUGAUGAGAAAUUAAAACUGAAAUCAGCGCAAUCGAAAGACAAAAUUUGUGAUGAGAAUGAAACAGCAAAUCGAAUAAAUUUCGAUGAAAGUCUUGCGACAUUGCCAAGCACGCCAAACUUCUGCACAUUACCACGAAGAACCAAAACAAGUCCAAACUGCUUAUUUCUCACAGUGACAUUAGAGAAAGGACCUGGAAAGAAGUCUUUGGGAUUCACAAUCGUCGGCGGUGCUGACAGUCCACGCGGUGCCCUCGGAAUCUUCAUCAAGAGCAUCAUGCCCAAUGGACAAGCCAUCGAGAGUGGAUUGUUGAGAGCUGGUGAUGAAAUUCUAGCUGUCAAUGGUCAAGUUUGUCAUGAUCUGACACAUCAAAACGCUGUCAGAAUGUUCAAAAGCGUCCGAAGUGGCGAAAUCGUUCUCAACAUUUGUAGACGCAAAGGCAAUGUUUGUGUUGUAAAAUGAAGUUGAUGUUAGUUUAUGUUAAAACAUUUUGUUUGUACAUUAAGAUAAGUUAAAUAAAGAUUACGAAUUCGAAGUUAACAGAACUGUGAGUG